AUGAAUAAUCUUGUGUAAAGAAAAUUCUAGUAGGCCACCCUCAAGUAUCUUUUGAACCCUUAACAAAGAUUGUUCUUUGUGCAUCACUAGAGAAUCAUGAUGCCAUCUACUCUUAAUGCUCAGCUCUAGACCUACCAAAUGAGAUUCUUUUCUAAUAACCAAGGUCAUAAUCAUGAUGACCAUGAUCAUGAACACGAUCAUGACAAUAGCCACAAGGACUUCCAACCAAAGAAGAAAGUAUAAUUGGAUGAGACCCAACUUAACUAGUAAUUCAAAGAGUGGAUCGAAGGAAAUGACGUCGUCCUAUUUAUGAAGGGAAACAAGAAGAUGCCCAGAUGCGGAUUCAGCAACUACAUAGUGUCAGUAAUGAAAUUCUACGGUAUCAAGGAAUACAAAGAUGUAGAUGUGCUUGCAGAUGAAAAUGUCAGAGAAGGCAUUAAGAAGUUCUCAAACUGGCCAACAAUCCCAUAAUUGUACGUUAAGGGUCAAUUCAUCGGAGGGUGCGAUAUUGUGAAAGAAAUGCACCAAGAUGGAAGCUUUGAAGAGCUCAUAGUCAGAGAAGGCAUUAUUAAGAAAUGA